GAGCGGUGGCUUCAUGUCCGGAGCAUCUACGGCCAGCGCCCAUGCACAGGCUGCUGAACCAAAGAAGCGGGUGGUGGAUGUGGCGCCGAUCCCAGGCUAUGACCCGUCGUCGGUUGCUGGCUGGCGCCUGGAUCCUGUGGAGGAGCCAGGAGGAUCUCCCUCGGACAGUGCCUCCCGGCCAACCGCCGCUGAAGCUGCAAAAGCCUUGCAAGCGCCCGCACCUCUGCUGGAUGCUGUUUUCCCGCAUGAGCCGAACGCCAAAGCUUUCCUCAGAGAGCGCGAGGACACCACAGCCCCGCACGGUCGAGCACAUGCGUCUGUGCAGACUUUGCCAGAGGAUGUCCAGGUCCACGAAACCAGCAACCAACGCUUUGCGCGUGAAGCAGUGGCCAGGAUCGGCCUCGUUCCUCUGACCAUUUGCGAUGCGGCUGCGUGCCCGGAAUUCAGACUACAACGGAUGUUG